CAUCAUUGAUGAUGAUGAGAGGAGAAAAGAAAUGCAGAUAAAGAAGUACCAGUGAGGAUGAUGAGGAGCGGCUGGCCGGUGAAGACAUGAGCACACCCCACAGAUGGAGUCCUCUUUCAAAGGCGUAGAGCUCCGGGAGCUGAGGGGGGGAGGAGCCCGGCGAGGAGAGGCCCCAGUGGGCUGCGCCGCCCGCGGGUUUGAGAACGCCUCGUACCAGCAGGACGAGGAGCACGACCUCCGCCAGCAGGGGGCGACGGAGCCGGCCGGUGCUCCGCCCUCAACCUCUGGCACCAGCAAGGGAGAGCAGCAGCAUCAGGAGCGCUCUCCUCGGUCAUACGAUGAAGAGGAAGGAGGAGGAGGAGGAUGGCAGGAGGACGGACAGGACUUCCCAGAGUUCCACCCGUCCGACGACCGCUCUGCAGACUACGGCUUCAUCUUCGCCCUGGUGUUCCUGGUGAGCGGCAUCGUCCUCGUGGUCAUCGCCUACACCAUCCCCCGAGAGGCCAAGGUGGACCCGGACUCGGUGUCGGCCCGUCAGAUGGAGAAGCUCGAGCUGCACUACGCCCGGCUCGGCUCCCACCUGGACAAGUGCAUCAUCGCGGGCCUGGGCCUGCUGACCCUGGGCGGCAUGUUCCUGUCCGUGCUGCUCAUGGUGUCCAUCUGUCGGGGGGAGAUGCACCGGAGCCGGGCGGCCUUCGUCCGGCCCAAGAGGACUUACGGCUCCAUCAACCUGAGGAUGAAGCAGCUGGCGACCGGAGAGUCGGGAGGAGGCGACGACAGGGACAGAGGGGAGGAAUUUUUGGUGGAGCGUGUCGAGAUGCUGGAUCCAAAAUGGGACUCCAAAUCAGAACCUGGACCCAGCAGGACUCCUCCUCCUCCUGCUCUUCUUGCUCCUCUUCCUCCUGCUUCGUCUUCUCCUUCCUCUUCGGCUGCUCCUCGUGGAGUCAACUGACUUUUCACGCCGCCUCCUCUGAGUGAGAUCCCAAAAUGGGGAUGCAAAAUGGUGCGAAGCCAACCUCAUUUGUGCCGACCGGAGAAACACACGUUGAGCACAAAGGUCCUUAAAGCAGCUUUAACCGGUGUUAACAGGACAGAGACGUUAACGGGACGGAAACUUUAACGGGACGGAGACGUUAACGGGACGGUGACGUUAACGGGACGGAGACUUUAACGGGACGGAGACGUUAACGGGACGGAGACUUUAACGGGACGGAGACGUUAACGGGACGGUGACGUUAACGGGACGGAGACGUUAACGGGACGGAGACUUUAACGGGACGGAGACGUUAACGGGACGGAGACUUUAACGGGACGGAAACUUUAACGGGACGGAGACGUUAACGGGACGGAGACGUUAACGGGACGGAGACGUUAACGGGACGGAGACGUUAACGGGACAUCUGUCCUCGUAAAGGACGCAUUGAUCCGCUAGAAGGAAAGAGGUACGUUAUUGGGGGAAAAGAGCACAUCGGUUCAUUAUUCAGAGUUUCACAUUAAAAAGCACACGAUGGCCCUAAAGGUCAGAGGUCACUUUAUUCAUGAGGUCUCCAUAAAAAAUAUCAGUGCAAACGAUAUCAUCUACGAGAUGUUACGGGAAGCGAUCAAUAAACAGAGGCAACAUUUUUAAUCCCCACCAAUGAAAACAAUAUGAAGAUAAACCACCACAUCAUCUGGAAACUGUAAAACCUCGAUAAAUGACAUUAUUUAAUGUUAAUUAUGAACAUGAAAUCAUUUCUCAGAGCGACUUUGUUUACAUAAUAUCUUCAUACUUUAUUGUAUUGUUAUUAUUAUUGUUAAUAAUAUUUUUCAUAUAUUAACAUAAUAUUGUGACUUUUAUCUCUAAAUAUUAUGGUUAUUUCAAAAAGAUAUAGCUGCUAAUGAAUAUUUAUCUGAAUAUCAUGUUUUUUUUUUACUAACAACUGAAUUUAGACUUCACGAUGGUUCGACUUUUUAGAAACCUUUUUAGCAGCUAGCAACUCAUUAGCAUCGAGAUAUGCGUCGUAUUAGCAUCGAUGAAUCCAUAUCCAACGAAAAGAUGUCUCCUAAAACUGUUUCCUCGUGUUUAUUAUCGGCGUCACUUUCCAACAAUAACCAGCAGAUUAUAUUCAAGUGAUAUUUUACAACUAGCUGCCAUGCUACAUGCUACGUGCUACAUGCUACAGUCAGUUAAAUCUAUAAAAAGAUGAAUCCUACGAUGUUGAUUCUGAACCUUUUAAUGACUCGGCGUCUAAUUAUUUGUAUUAUAAGUAAACUGAUGUUAUUUAUGUCUUAAUGCCUUAAUGAGUAAACACAUAAAUGAUGUAGACGCAAAUAUUAUUACUCUAAUGUAUUAUGGUCUGUAUGGUGAGCCACGGUUAACAUAGCCACACAC